AUGUCAUAUUACUUUAAAAAUCUGAAGCCAGGAUACGAAUCUGAGGAAGAAGCUGAGGAUGAUGAACUUCUAAAAACUCUUUCCCGACGUAAUGUUCAGGAAGACGACGAUUCUAGCGAUGACGGUCUCUCAACUCUGUCAUUUGACGCCUUGAGAAAAGCAGAGGCUCAGUUGGAGCAAGAAACACGAGACGAAAAACCAAAAGGCAGCACUCGUGCCUUAAAGCCUCAAGAGCUAAGGCGUCGUGAGUUGGACGAGCCCAGAGGCAAGACCUUCAGGGAAGAGUCGUUCGAAGAGGAUUCUGACGCGUCUUCAGAAGGAGAGGGGCUGUUUGAAGAAGAAAGGGUCCGUCCAAAUGCCUCAGGAGCCAACAGGACGAUCAAGAAAAAGAAGAGCCAUGCUCCUACAGAGCAAUCGUCAAAAAAGAGGGCCCCCAGAGUAAGAAAAAUUCCGGGUUUAGAGACACCUAAGAGUAUGAACGAAAACCUGUAUCAGGACAUCCGUUUUGAUAAGUCCGUGGGAACUUCUGAGGAUUAUGAAGGUAUCAGGAAACGCUAUCAAUUCUUAGACGAGUACAGACAAAAAGAGAUUAAUGAACUUUCAUCACUGUUGAGAGAUCGCAAGUUUUUGAGUAAGAUCAGCGACCAUGAAAGAGAGGACAUGGAUCAGAGGCUUACGAGUAUGAGGUCUAAGCUUCAAACAUUGCAAAAUCGCGAUCUAGACCGCAAAAUUUUGAAGGACUAUGAAGCUGACAUCAACAAAGGCAAUAAAACCAAAUACCAUCUCAAGGAAUCUGAGAAGCGUAAGGUGAUACAAAAGUAUAAAUUUGACCAUAUGAAAGCCAAGCAAAGAGAGAAGGUCAUGGAUAGAAAGCGUAAGAAGAGAUUGGGUAAAGAGUUUAAACAAUUUUCUUUCCAUAGCAGGUGA